AUGACAAGGCUGCGCGACGGUCGAAGUAUUGCGCGGUUUCGCUGCGUCAGCAAACUAUAUUGUUGUCUUCUCUCCGACCCCAACUUCAUCCACCGGGUUCUCUGGUCGGACGACAACCAUAAAAAGGAGGAGGAGGUAAAGAAUCAUCCAACACAGAUUCUGAUCACACGCCGCCGCCGCUCUUUCAGCCGCGAUCAUUAUAGGUUCAUUUACUCUAUAAUCUCGUACAACGCCGUCACAGGAGCCUUGCGGCCCGUUAUCGGGAAGGAUAAUAAUAAGGAUGAUAAUGAUACGAAGUCGAAUGAUCAUAAGGAUGGUUUAGUUGAUUUGGGAUAUUUAGGCUUGCCCUCGGUUCCCGGAAAGUUUCGGGAACUUCCUUAUGACGACCAGAUUCCUGGCGAGCCGGCGGACAUCAUUCUCUGGAAUCCUUCGACUUCCAAGGUCAAGAUUCUGCCCACUUCAUCGAAUCGUUCCGAUGUCGUUUUGCAGCAACUUGGGUUCGGUUUCGACUCGAAAACAAAGGACUACAAGGUGGUUCGAACCCUGGUUUUCUGUCCUAGUCUUACGAGUUUCACCGAGGUGUAUAGCUUGAGGAAUGAUUCGUGGAGGAAGCACGAUUACACUGUUAACUACGACGAAGAAGAGCAUAAUCCCCCGUAUCUUGGAGUGGUUCAAUCCCCGGGAUCGAAAUGUGAGAGGGUUUGCUGGUACAAUCCGAGCGGGCGGGGUUAUAAAGGAAUCGGUGAUGACAAGUUUACCAUCGAGCUCCAUUAUAAAGGAGAGAUGUUGUAUGUUCUCGACGAAGACUUGUGUUAUUUUGGAGGUGAAGUUAAAUAUCUGGACUGGAUAGAUCCAGAUUGCUUAUCUUUGUUUGAAAUGGAUGGAUAUCUUGUUGAGUUUGGCUUCUCGGAAAGUGUCAGAAUGAUGGAGGAAUAUAGGCUGAAGAAUGGUUGGGCAUACUAUUGGAGACUAUCAGGAGAACGACUGAAGGAAGGGCUACAAGAAUUGAGAAGUGACAAAGACAUUAUGGACAUGGCUGCAAAGGUUAUUCAAGUCUCUAAGUUUGUUGAGGUUUACCUGAUCAAUAUAGAAGAAUUGACUAAAGCUAACCUAGAAGCAGACAAAGGAGAAAAUGAAAUAGAAGUUGGCAGAGACAUUCUCCAAAGCCCACUUGAAGUACCACAUGAUAUGGCAAAGACAUUCUCCCACAACAAUGGAACUGAUGGUGGCAUUGAUGGUGGCAGCAAGGGAAUGAAUGAGGCAGAAUAUGAUUUUGCCUGCCAAAACAAUGCAGGGGAGGCUGAAAGAGAAGGUGACAGCAGGGAGCUGGUUGAAAUUAAUAUUGAUGACAAUGUGGAGAGUGAUCUUGAACGAGGUUUGGCUGCUGAUUUUGAGGCCAGUGAUAAAAAUAUGGAGUGGCAAAGCAGUGAUGGGGAGGGUGGCAGCCAUGACAUGUAUAUUGAUGAUGUAUUUGAGGUUCCUGAAGAGGAUGAGGCAUAUGAUUCAGAUUACCUAGGCAACAUCCAUUCAGGUGAAGAAGGCGAACAACAAAGGGUUCCAACUCGUUCAAGGUACCCUGAGUUCAAUCCAGAGAAAGACAUGAAUGAUCCCCAGUUCUGUCUGCACCAAAUUUUUAGGGAUAAAGACACUUUCAAGGAUGAUGUGAAGAACUACUCUAUCAACAGCAAACAACCACUCAAGUUUAAGCACAGUGAUAGUAAACGAGUUCAAGUUGUAUACCAACCCGGAUGUCCAUGGAACAUAUGGGUAGCCCCAACUGAUAAGGCAGUUCAGAUCAGAUCAUGUUGUCUAAGGCAUGAGGGUUGUGUCUUGGUGUUCAAGAACACAUUUGGGGAUGCUAAUUUCAUCGCCAAAAGAUACAUACAGAGGUUUCAGGCUGAUCCGGAUUGGGGAGCUGCAUCAAUUAUGCAAACAGUUGCAGAAGACUAUAAUUGGACUAUUUCAAGGUGGAAGGCUUGGAGGAUUAAACUACUUGCAAAGGAUCUUAUAAGAGGCAAUGCUAAGGCCCAAUAUCAUAAGCUAUAG